AUGUCGUCGUCGUCGACCGCCGCUAAACAGAACACUACUUCUCAGAAUGCAGCUACUGCAACAGCAACUACCACAACUACAACUACUACUAGAACACGUCAUAGGAGAAUGUCAUCCAUGAGCGAGUUUAAUGAUCCCUUCUCAAACGCUGAUAUCUAUUAUGGUCCCAAUACAGACCCAAGGAAGCAGAAGCCGCAGAAGGCGAACACAAGCCCAACAACACCAGCUAACGCUCCCUCGUCGUCGUCGUCAUCCGCCGCCCACCAUAAAUUGAAUAGAACAAGGACAAUGAGUGUCUUUGGUAAGAUUUCCGAUUUUAAGAAGGGUUCUUUGAAAGAAGGGUAUAACUUGAAACGUCGUGGAUCGGAGGACGAUUCGUAUUUGGCCGCUCAGGGGAACAGAAGAUUUUUCAUUGAAGAUGUGGAUAAGACUUUGGAUGAUUUGCUUACCAAUGAGGAUACUGAUAGGAAUUAUCAAAUUACCAUCGAAGAUACAGGUCCUAAGGUUAUUAAAGUGGGGACUGCAAACUCAUAUGGGUACAAAUCGGUAAAUGUCAGGGGAACAUAUAUGUUAUCCAACCUUUUGCAGGAAUUAACCAUCGCGAAGAGUUUUGGUAGACAUCAAAUAUUUUUGGAUGAGGCAAGAAUUAACGAAAAUCCAGUGAAUAGAUUAUCAAGAUUGAUAUCUAACCAAUUUUGGAAUACAUUAACGAGAAGACUAGAUCUAUACAGUAUUGGUGAAAUUGCCAUGGAUACUAAGAUCGAUGCUCCUGGUGCUAAAAAUCCUAGAAUUUACGUCCCAUAUAACUGUCCUGAACAAUACGAGUUUUUCAUUCAAGCAUCUCAAAUGAACCCAUCUUUAAAAUUAGAAGUGGAAUAUUUACCUAAAGAUAUCACUCCAGAAUAUGUUAAAUCGUUAAAUGGAACACCAGGGUUAUUGGCUCUUGCCAUGGAAGAACAUGUUAAUCCAUCUACGGGUGAGAAAUCUUUAAUCGGAUUCCCCUAUGCUGUCCCUGGUGGUAGAUUUAAUGAAUUAUACGGAUGGGAUUCUUACAUGAUUGCAUUAGGAUUAAUUGAAAGUAACAAAGUUGAUGUAGCCAAAGGUAUGGUAGAACAUUUCAUAUUUGAAAUUGAACAUUAUGGUAAAAUAUUGAACGCAAAUAGAUCAUAUUAUUUGUGUAGGUCACAACCUCCAUUUUUAACAGAUAUGACACUGGCAGUCUUUAAAAAAAUUGGUGGGGUACACAAUCCAAAUGCGGUAGAUCUACUGAAGAGAUCAUUUGCUGCCGCAAUAAAAGAAUAUAAGACAGUAUGGUGUCAUUCACCUCGUCUUGAUCCGGAAACUGGGCUAUCAUGUUAUCAUCCAGAUGGUCUGGGGAUCCCACCAGAGACUGAACCUGAACAUUUCGAUACCAUUUUAUUACCAUACACUAGAAAAUACAAUAUUUCUUUAGAGGAGUUUAGGCAAAAGUAUAAUGAUGGUGUCAUACAUGAACCACAAUUAGAUGAAUUCUUCCUUCAUGAUAGAGGUGUGAGAGAAUCAGGUCAUGAUACCACUUAUAGAUUUGAAGGUGUUUGUGCAUAUUUGGCCACUAUAGAUUUAAAUGCCCUUCUUUACAAAUACGAAUGUGAUAUUGCAGACGUCAUUGAACAAUUCUUUGAUAAUAAAUAUACAGAUCCAAAUGAUGGUUCAGUGACAGAUGCGGCUCAUUGGAGGAAACUCGCUGAAAAGAGAAAACAAACCAUUAAUGAAAAAAUGUGGGAUAACGAAUCUGGAUUCUAUUUUGACUAUAACGUUAAAGCUAAACAAAGAACUUCUUAUGAGUCGGCAACUACUUUCUGGGCUCUAUGGGCAGGUCUCGCAACCAAGGAACAAGCCAAGAUUAUGAUAGAAAAGGCUUUACCAAAAUUAGAAAUGCUAGGAGGUCUAGUGGCUUGCACAGAAAGAUCAAGAGGUCCCAUCUCCAUUAAUAGGCCAAUUAGACAAUGGGAUUAUCCAUUUGGAUGGGCUCCACAUCAGAUAUUAGCAUGGAAGGGACUAUCUGACUAUGGAUAUUCAGAUGUGGCAACACGACUCUCCUAUAGGUGGCUUUACAUGAUGACCAAGGCUUUUGUUGAUUAUAACGGGAUUGUUGUAGAGAAAUAUGAUGUUACAAGAGGCACAGAUCCACAUCGUGUUGAAGCAGAGUAUGGGAAUCAAGGUGCUGAUUUUAAAGGUGUUGCCACCGAAGGGUUUGGUUGGGUUAAUGCCAGUUAUUUAUUGGGUUCGAAGUAUAUGAAUAGUCAUGCCAGAAGAGCACUUGGGGCAUGUAUUCCUCCAAUGCCAUUCUUCCAAAGUUUGAAGAGCGAUGAGAAGAAACUUUAUGGCCUUUAA